GAUCCGAUCCUCCCCCUGCGUGACUACUGCUUCCCUAGUCUCACACCCAGAAAAGACGGCAAAAGGCCAAACAGUACAAGGACCAGACAGCAACAAACGCAGCUCACAAGUACUAGCGACAACAAUCCCGACUAACCCAUAUUCUGUUUCUAUUACUAUCACUCUCGCAACUACUGAAUCUUGCUUCCUUUGACUCAAUUUGAAAUUCCUCGGUUCGUGGUCUGCUUCGUGGCUCAUUAAUCUUUAAACCUUGGAAGUUUACUUUCCGAUUUCGAACUCUGCGCAUCACAUGAUGCAUCUUCGAGGAUGAAGUAAAUAAGUAUUUAUCUACUUUUUUGUGCUUGCGUUUCUGAUCGUAUUGUAGCGCCCUUAUUGAUAAUUGCAAGAAACCGAAAGAUAGACCAUGUCAAGAAAUGACGCUUAGAUUCAAGAAAUGGGGUGUGUGAUUAGUCGAGAAGUGUCAUCGGGAAUAAUCUCUGAGGUGAAAGAGGAGAAGAAUUUGAGUAGCGAUUCGAGGAGGAAGGUAGAUGAAACCUCUUCUCAGAACGUGGUAGAGGCUCAGAACGGUGGGAAACAAAAAGAAGAGAAGGGUGGUGGUGAUGAAGGGAUCCAGGCCCAACGGCCAAGGGGUGAAAGGAGAAGAUCAAAGCCAAAUCCAAGGCUAAGUAAUCCUCCCAAACAUGUGCGAGGAGAGCAAGUAGCAGCUGGAUGGCCGCCCUGGCUUACGGCUGUUUGUGGUGAAGCGCUUAGUGGAUGGAUUCCCCGAAAGGCUGACACAUUUGAGAAAAUUGACAAGAUUGGCCAAGGAACGUAUAGCAAUGUGUACAAGGCUAAAGAUAUGUUAACGGGUAAAAUUGUCGCUCUUAAGAAGGUUCGAUUCGACAAUUUAGAGCCUGAGAGUGUAAAGUUCAUGGCUAGAGAGAUUCUUAUUCUCAGAAGAUUGGAUCAUCCCAAUGUUGUAAAGUUGGAAGGUUUAGUUACAUCAAGGAUGUCAUGUAGUUUGUAUCUGGUAUUUGAUUACAUGGUGCAUGAUUUGGCUGGACUUGCUGCAAGCCCAGGAAUCAAGUUCACAGAGCCUCAGGUCAAAUGUUACAUGCAUCAACUACUUUCUGGACUUGAGCAUUGUCAUGAACGGCACAUACUUCACCGCGAUAUUAAAGGAUCAAAUCUUCUUAUUGAUGAUGGUGGAGUACUUAAGAUUGCUGAUUUUGGACUGGCUUCUUUCUUUGAUCCAAACCACAAACACCCCAUGACUAGUCGUGUAGUUACACUUUGGUAUCGGCCUCCUGAGUUGCUUCUUGGUGCCACGGAUUAUGGUGUGGGUAUUGACCUCUGGAGUGCAGGUUGUAUUUUAGGGGAGUUAUUGGCCAGGAAGCCAAUUAUGCCUGGUCGUACAGAGGUAGAGCAACUGCAUAAAAUAUACAGAUUAUGUGGCUCCCCGUCUGAUGAGUAUUGGAAGAAGUCAAAGUUGCCUCAUGCUACCUUAUUUAAACCUCGUGAGCCAUACAAGAGAUGCAUAAGGGAGACAUUUAAGGAUUUUCCACCGUCUGCUCUGCCCCUUAUUGAUACUCUUCUUGCUAUUGAUCCAGCAGAAAGGAAGACAGCCUCAGAUGCGUUAAAAAGUGAGUUCUUCACAACAGAACCAUUUGCUUGUGAUCCUCCUAGUCUUCCAAAAUAUCCCCCAAGCAAGGAAAUGGAUGCUAAACGACGAGAUGAUGAAGCAAGGAGAUUGAGAGCUGCAAGCAAAGCUCAGAUCGAUGGUGCAAAGAAACCACGAACACGUGAACGUGCUAAAGCUAUUCCUGCCCCUGAAGCCAAUGCUGAGCUUCAGUCUAAUAUUGACAGAAGGCGUCUAAUCAGCCACGCGAAUGCCAAGAGCAAGAGUGAAAAGUUUCCUCCGCCACAUCAAGAUGGACAACUUGGGUAUCCUUUGGGAGCUUCGAAUCAUAUAGAUCCUGACAUUGUUCCUCCUGAUGUCGCUUUCAGUUCAACUUCAUUUACUUAUUCAAAGGAACCAUUCCAAGCUUGGUCAGGUCCCAUAGGUAAUACUGCUGCCAUUGAUGCACCAAAGAAGAAGAAGAAACACACAGCAGCUGAUACGUUGGAUUUAUCAAAAUCACACAGAGUUUGCACAAAGGAUAAGGUUAAAGGAAAGAAAAUCAAAGCCUAGCUAUUUACUACAUUCAUUCAUAUAGAGAAAAUAUAUUCAAGUAAUUCCGAUGCCUCUGCCACAUCAUCCACGGCGGUCAACUGCUGUGAAGUCAUCUUUUAACUGCCUGCCUUGCUGGCUGCCCCUGAGUGUGAAGUACAUUGCUUCGUUAAAGUGCAAGGAUUUUUUUUUUUUUUUUAAAGACAAUUUUUUUGAUCUCCUUCACUUUUUAUAAUUUUUUAUGUAUUGAUCUCUCUAGAAGGAUAUAUGACAUUCUUGUGCCCAAUUUGUUCCAAGGAUUAAAGAAUCUACUCAACAAUGUAUAUUGUGACUUUAUUUUCGGUUCUUUUAUGAGACCCUUGUGUCAAUAUCUGGAA